AUGGAUGAUCGCCAAGGGUUCGAACUCGACACCUCUUCUGCCGCUGCCGAACCUGGUUCUGGUUUGUCUUACGGCCUCAACCUCUUCCACCACGAUGACUCCGAGAAGGAAAAACCCGAUGAUGGUGGUGGUGAUGAUGAUGAUUAUAAGCAUCGAGUUCCUGCGAAGAAGGUGCGGCUGCAGAAGUUGAAGGAUGAUUUGAAGAGUUUGCCGGAUUAUGAGGGGUUUGAUGCAUUUAAGAAUGUCCCUCUGGAGCUGCUUGCCGGAUGUGGGUGGUCCGAAGGGAUGGCGACGGAGAAGAAUGCCAAGGAGGAUGUGAAGGUGGUGCGAUACCAGAGGAGGGCAGGGAGGGAAGGUUUGGGUUUCGUUGGUGAUGAUCGUGCUUCCAUUCGGAGUAAGAACAAGAAGAAACAUAAGGAGGAGGAAGGGGAAGGAGGAACAAAGGAGAGUGGGAAGAUUGUUAGAAUUGUUGGGGGAAGAAAUACUGGAUCCAAGGCUAGUGUUGUUAGGAGUAUUGGGGAUGAUUGGCUUGUUUUGAAGCUUUCAAGGAAUGGAGAGCAAGUGAAAGUGAAGAUGGAUGAUGUUGCUGAAUCGGGGUCCGUAGAAAAAGAGAGGUGCUUGAAGAAAUUGAAGAUUCAACGCGGUGAUAAGGAUAAAGGGUUGAAGAAUAAGCGUGAUAGGGAUGACGCAAGGAGAGGGCACGGUGAGGUUAAGGAUCAAGAGAAGAAGAGAGCGGGUGUUAAUGGGGAUCGUAGGAAGGAAGAGCGGGGGAAGAGAAAGGUUUCUUGGCUUACAAGUCACAUUCGGGUUAGGGUAAUCAGCAGAGAUUUCAAGGGGGGCCGGUUAUAUUUGAAGGAGGGAGAGGUUCUGGAUGUUGUUGAGCCUACUACUUGUGAUAUUUCUAUGGAUGAGAGCAAGGAGAUCAUUCAAGGGGUAUCCCAAGAUCUUCUAGAGACAGCUACAUGUGGGGGACUGGUUCUUGUUCUGUAUGGUAAACAUAAGGGAGCAUAUGGUAGUCUGAUUGAGAGGGAUUUGGACCGCAAAAUCGGCAUUGUUAGGGAUGCUGAUACCCAUGAGCUGCUCCAGGUGAAACUUGAACAAAUUGCAGAGUAUAUAGGGGACCCAAGCUUUUUGGGACAUUGA